AUGUCAACAUCAGAGAACACAACAAUUGCUAUCGUUCAUGAAGCCAUUAAUGAAGAAUACGAAUACAUACAAUAUAAUACACAACUUCGUCUCAUUCGUUCAGUCAAAGAUGACAUGUACCAAAUGCAAAGUAUAAUGAAUGCUCUUCGUUCUACAAAGCAAGCAUAUCAUUGGUUUGAAAACCAACAGACAAAAGAACUUUUAGAAGAAUUUCCGCAUAUGAUUGCUUCCCUCGGAAAACCGGGGAAGAGAUUCCGUAUGAAAAUCGCAAGAAUUUGGCUCCUAGACUUUUAG